AUGGUUGGUAAGCCAUACAAAUGUGUGAACUGUGGAGUGGAAGCUUCAGCUCUAUACAGAACUUACGGCACUGUUAUUAAAUUAACGAAAUGUGAAAACUGCAAAGGCUUUGUUGAUAAAUAUAUUGAAUAUGACCCUGUUAUUGUCAUGAUAGAUCUAAUAUUAAUAUCCAAAGAAGCACAGAGACAUGUUUUAUAUAAUACUGAUUUUAAGUCAUUCUGGAAGCUCCUUAUUACACUAAUGAUGUUGGAGACAUAUGGAGUUUGGAAAAGUGACAGUUUAUUCAACAUAGCCAUUAAUUCAAUGUGCGGAAUAGCAGGCAACAAUACUAUUAAUAUUACGAAUUUACAUGUAUAUAUUGCAACACCAGAGUUAUCGAAAAACAAUUGCAUGGCAUGGACUCAUGAUAACAGAGACGAUAAUAAUGAUUUAUUUAUAUGGGAGAAGGAUUUCUACAUUCAGUUCAUGUCUACGUUAGCCGGCAUAUUCGUUUUCGUGGCGACGACACAGUUACUGAUGACGUCAUUCAAGCUUGUAAUGUCACAAAGCGAAGUACCAAUACUGAGGUGUCUGAAGGCGUUCUCGUUGGCGGACGUGAGCAUAUUGUUCACGCUGCCGAUGCUGGUGUGGGGCACAGACACGUCGCUGGAGACCAGACUGGUGCACUACGGACUCGUCCUCUCUUACAGUUUCGUGGUCUUCACUAACGUCUUCACAGUUUUAUACGAAUGCCCCGUGUUUGUCGCCGCACUAACUGUAGUGGCGGGCUACAUGGCUAAAUACACUACAAGCUAUCACACAACGCCCUUACUAAGGAUUUAUAUAACAUAAAAUAAACAAUAAUACAGUAUCACAGAGUAUCUUUAUUUCAAAAAUAUAGUAACAUUUAUUUCACUUGUAAAUGUCUGAUAGAUUUUGAAACAAACAGAUAACCUACACUUUGUCAGUUUGCAAACGAAAUCGGCUACGUUACGUCAGUGUUUUGACAUAUUUCAAUAAUAUUCUUACACCUAAUUUAAAAUAUCAGAAUUAUAAAUAAAAAAGAAACUCGAAACAUUAAUAUGCCAGUUUGACAAGUAGGUAAAUAAAUUAUGAGAUAUCGAUUUUAUAUAGGCAAUUAUUUUCUCUGUAAUUUAUCACCUUAACAACAGCUCUAUGUUUUAUUAAAACUCAGACGGAGAAACACUGACGUAAAGGAACUUUUAAACUAUUAUUAGUAACAUUAAUUUAUUUUAUCGGCUACAAGAGUUCAUGUUCGCAAAAAGAUAGUGAACACCGACGAAUACCCUUCCUACAGACUUCAGAAAAUAUUAAUAUGGUGGUGCAAGGUUCAUCUGCAGUGGUUAGUUCUGAGAUACACGUGAAAGAUCACAAAUGGUCAACUAAGUCUAGUAACUACAACAAUAUUUAUGAUAAAAUCAUUGAUAAAAUACACAUAACUUAAUAACAUGAAUAUACGAAAAGCUAUAUGUAUGUAACUACGGAGAUAUUUGUAGAUUAAUGUAGUCCGCAAUAUCAUUUCACAUCAUUUUAUUUAAUCUAACAAGGUAUGUUCAUUCU